AUGGUUCGCUACUGCCCAUUGGGUCAGCCUGCGCUCCUUACAGGCGAUUUUUACGAGAACGUCGCUCGUAUUCCAGACUUCUCAUGGAGUGUCCUUCUCUCGUCUAACCCAAACACUGGGUCUCACGAGAAAUCCUGCAUUCCUCAUCUUCUUCCGUGUCUUCUCAUUCGUAAGUUUAUUUAUAUACAAUUCUUAUCCUUCUUUUUCACAAUAUCGAAAUUUCAGACAAUCUUCAUUUUCGCUGUCAUGAUCUUCUAUCAUCUCCUGAUUCCAUGCAUGGUGAUCCACUACGCUUGUGAUGCAUCUAUUCGUCCAUCGAUGAAAGAGUACCCGAGCUUCCGCCUCCCAGGGCUCAAAGUCUUUUUCCUCCUCACCGCAGUUUUGGUUUUCUUUUUCGCCCCAGGAGUCUCGACACCGUCCGAUGUGUGCCCACCGAAGAUCGAACGCGUCUGUUCCGAGAUCUACUUCUGGACCAUCUUCCCAUACUUGUUCUUCUCGUUCGCUUCCAUCAAGUACCUGGUGUACGCCUGCCAAACGAAAACGUUCUAUCUGCUCGAGAACAAAACCAUCAUCGGUGAAAUCAAGGAGAAGGAAGGAUUCGGAUGGAUCACCCACAUCGACGAGGAAAAGAAACCAGUCGUUGUCUCCCAAUAA